UUAUUAUCAGAUUAACCUUUAUAAGUAAUGUGUCUAUAGUUUUACACUAAUCUCAGUGCUCUGCUGUCUGUAGACUGAAUAGUAAUGAGCUGUGUCCGGUGUCAUCAUGUUAUAGGUUGAUUUUAAUAAUGAUGGAAAGUUGGAUUCUGAUUAGUCUGCUUGUAAUUCCAGGAACUGUAAGUGCUUGGUCAGUGACUUUUGAAACCCGAACUCCAUGUGUUUUGAAAGGAUCAUCAGUGGAGUUCAGGUGCUCAUACAACUACACAGUUGGGGAAACUGUUAGAAAGACUGCGUGGUCCAAGGGGGGAUUCAAAAAUGGCACAUGGAAACGGACUGAGCUCUCAAACCUUACUUCAUAUGAAGGUCGUGUUCAAUAUCUUGGUGACCAGCUGCAUGACUGUAGCCUUGCAAUUCAUGACCUGCAGGAUAAUGACACUGGAUAUUACUACUUCAGGUUUGAUACGGACACAUAUGGAUGGCGAAGUAGGCAAUCAGUGUAUCUGUCUAUCACAGAGCUGAGUGCCAGAGUGACCCCAAACACUGUGAGAGCCGGAGACAAUGUGACUCUUGAAUGUGGGACAUCCUGCCAACUUCCCACCACAGUCUGGUUCAAAGAUGGACAUCCAGUAGCCAAACCAGAGUUCCAGGCCCAGGCAGAGGACUCUGGGAAAUAUUCAUGUGCUGUCAAAGGACAGGAGUCUGUGCAAUCAGACCCUGUGGCUCUGGAUGUUCAGAGUCCUCCGUUGAAUGUUUCUGUUGAGGUGAGUCAUUCUGGACAGGUGUCACUAGGCAGCAGUGUGAAUCUGACAUGCAGCAGUGCAUCUAACCCAGCAGCAGACAGCUACACCUGGUACAAGAGGACAGAUUCUUCCAGCUCGCAGCUGCUCCAGGUGGGCACAGGACAGGUGCUUUCUCUUCCCUCUUUGGAGGCGUCCCAAACUGGACUCUAUCUCUGCCAGGCCAGGAACCGCCUGGGGAAGAACAACUCAACUGAAGUGCUGCUGACACUACACUCACCAAACAUUCACCAUCUCAUCCUCCUUGUUGGUAUUGGAGUCAAAUCUGUUAUUGUGCUGUUGCUUCCACUGGUCAUUGUAUGGGCUUGGAGGCGUAAAUGUAAGUCUGCUGUGGACAAAGAGGACGACAGCCCCGAUUAUGAAAACAUCAGCAACAUCUCGGUCGGUCAAAAAAACAGGGCUACACAGAAAGAAAUGCCUGUUUAAAGAAACCAGAGA